AUUGUAGAUCAGGCUUUAGUGGCUCUACGAAGCACCCGCGGAACCGGUUCCCGCGAUACCAAAGGCCGUAGACACAGUUCGUAGACGUUCAGUCUUCUGCCGACUGUAGUAAAACGUGCGUCGGGUGUCGAGUCGUCGCGCUGCUGUUCCACGGGCAUUAAAACAGACAAGGAAAGAGAGAAAGAGACGGAAGAAGAACCGCAAUAACUGACGACGAUGGUGUGCUCCUGCUGUGUGGCGGCGAUCGCCAUCCUCUACAUCUUCUUCGAUGUGAAUUAUUUCUUGAGAAUCUUGCUUACCAUUGCAUGGGGUAGACUUUUCGACAAGAAGAAGAAGAAGCUCUUCGACACGUCCACGAUUUACGGCAUUUGUCUCACUCAGGACGUCGACCUGGUUCUGAAACACAUGAACAACGCGAGGUACCUACGUGAGUUGGACUUCGCGCGUUUUUAUUUUUACGAUAGAUCAGGAAUUUAUGCGGGUAUCUCAAAAAGAGGAGGCGGCGCUGUUCAAGGUGCAUGUACCAUAAGAUAUCGCCGAGCGAUUGCCAUCUUUACACCGUACAAGAUCACCACGAAGCUCAUUUACUGGGAGGACAAACACUUCUAUGUAGAGCAACAGUUUAUCAGUCUCACGGACAACUUCAUUCGUGCCGUUGUAUUAAGUAAACAAACUGCAACUGGAUUGAAGGUACCGGUGCAGGAUAUAUUGACCGAAAUCGAGCCGGAAAUAUGUCGGCCGGAACCCACUAAGGAACUUCAGCUGUGGCUGGAUUCUAUGGAGGAGUCGUCCCAAAAUCUAAAAAAGCAGAAGUGAGAAGAGGAUGCUACUCGAUAUGUUAUUUAAUUAUUUGUUAUUUAGCUUUUUUCGGGGAGGUUAUGUUAUACUUAUGCGUUUUAUUACAGCAGAUUAUCUGUUAGAUUUUUCUCGUUGAAAUGUUGCGGUAUGUAUGAAAUAUAUUGUCAUAGAUUGAGCUCUGGUUUACAACGUGAUAUAACGAUCUUCGCCAAAGUCUUUUACGAUUUAAGGCAUUUUAUAAAUUUAAAAUAGGCCAAAUAAAAUUUAUUUAUUCCGCGAGUUAAGUAUAACUAACCAUCAAUUUAACGCCACGAUAAUUUUUAUAUCAACCAAGAACUACAAUCUCUUAAUAUCUCUGAACAAACUAAGUUUAUUUAUACGGGAGGAUAUAAUCUUUACCGAAGAAGAUUUUUACGAUUAUGUAACUUGGAAAUAAAACUCGUGUUCUGUCGCGGAAACUCCUUCGCUCUAGAUAACUUCUUCGACGAAUUGUCCUUUUCUCGUUAUAAAUCCUGCGCUUCUUCAAUUGGAAAUUAUUUCUUCAAUUAUUUUUCCAUCGGCUUUAGCGGCUCUUACGUGUAAAUUACGUAUAAGUUACGUAAUAAUCUACAUUUACGUGUUGAGAGCAAUGCCCUUAUUUUUUGCCUUCAUCGAAAAAAAAGACUUACUAAUAUAUGGAAAACUAAAAAUAUUAGCUGCAGGAGCAAAUUUUCUGGCUCUUAUAGCAAAGUUAUUUAAUUGUGAUAGCUAAAAGAUUUGCUAGUAUAUAUAUAUAUUAUACUUUAAACUAUCUUUUAUAGAUAAUAGCUAAAAUGUGACUGAAAGCCAAUUAAAAGAUUUCUAGAAGUCACAUUUAAAGAUGUUAUUGAUAAGAAAAGUUUAAAACAAGGAUAAACUAUCUUAAAUCUCGAUUUAAAUUUAUAAACAUUGUUUCCCCUAAAGAAGUUAGAGCAUCCAAACUUUUCUGGUCACAUUCUUACCUUCAGAAUUAAAUAUACUAAUUUAUCACACAAUGAAAUAAAUAUUUCAUCAAUUUGUUAUCUUUUUUAAACAUUACGUUUACAAUUAAUAUCGAGAACAGAUGUAACAACUGUUUCAUAAUUUAAUUACUCUUUUUUGUACAUAUUCACUCCUAGACGGUAUAAGAUCUUCAGGGGAUGUCCAGGUGACAUUCUCAAGACACAGGGACGUCCUCAGAACGUUUUUAGGGAAGAUGUCCUGUGGAGAUCUGUGCCGUUUGGACUGAGGGAAGAAAAUAUCUAAGAAAUAAAAAAAUGUUUAUUUAACGGGCACUAAUAAUAUUUUUACUUAUAUCAAUAUAAAAUAUUUUUCAAAUAAGAAAAUAUUAUCAUAACAUAUGUAAAGGAUAAGAAAUCCAAAAGAUGGAAUUUGCUAAGUAUAAGAUAAAAAAUAUUUAGGAUAAGAGGUAAAAGGUAAAAAGGAAGAAAUAGGAUAAGAAAUAAUUAGGAUAAGUGGCGAAAAGGAAAAAGAAAAAGAAGAAAUGGGGAAUACAGGAAAAAAUAUAAAAUAAGGUUAAGGUAAAAACUAAGAACUUCCUGGCAUUGUAAGCUGAAGUAAAAUAAAGAAGAUAUAUACUAA